AUGGCCCAGUCCCUCGACGCCUUACCGGCAGAGGUUCUCCUGCGCGUAUUUGCCUUCUUAGAGGUGUCGGAUCUGUUGCAAGUGAGUCGGACAUGUCAUGCGCUUCGUGACAUCGCCUGCGAUCCCUUACUACACCUUGAGCGACUCCAUCAUGCCUCCUAUACCUUGUCCAUCGCCCUGGCGCGACGACCCUCGAAGGCCUCGAUCAGUCCGCCCAAUUCCUGGAUUUGGUUGAGCAAGACCAAUGUCCUCUCUCGACAGAUAAGCAAAAGCCUCAUUCGAAUACGGCUCAGCCACAGUCUCGAACAUAGGCCGAGUGCGCGAGACCUGGUCGAACGAGCAAUUCUGCCUUCCUCAUGCUCCGGUUAUUGGUCGCCCGUGUCUCCUGCUCUGAUCCAGUCGCACCGAGCUGUCCAAAGACGGAAAUUGAUGGAUGGCCUUGGCCGCAAACUGGAACGAAGACCUAGCAUGAACAGCCUGGUGUCUCUCAACAUCCUACCAGAAGAAUGCGUUCGUCGGAGUGUGUCCCCGGCCAUCGUGGCUACGCGGCGCAAAGUCAUACGAGAGAGUCUCAAGGACAGUCUACGGGCCUGGGUGGAGUCUCGGGCAAUACAGGCACAGAAAAGAAAGGCGGACGAGGUCGAGGCUGCCGAGAAGACCACGGUAAAGACCUUGGUACGGAGGUUUGCUGCCAGGAACGUGAAACUUGCCCAAGAGACGGCAGAGAAUAUUGAUCCUGUAAGUUUGGAGAAAAGGCGGGCGCAAGCUAAAUGGGGCAGAGAGGUAGAGAUUGCGAAACAGCACGAAAAGAGACGGGCGGCAGCUACAGGCGCCUCUGCCCACCCUACUCGAGCCCAUGUUCUUGGGCUGCGGAAGUUUUGGGAGGGAGUUAUACGGGCAGCCGCCGGUUGA